GUUGCCACUUUUGACGUUGACAGUUCGCGUUUCUCGUGCGUGCGUGUGCGGGUUUGCCCCUGUGUGUGAGUUUGUGUGUGCGUGCGGUGGUCUCAACCGCUCAUCGGUCGCAAGAAUGCAAUUGCAUGCCGUGACCAUUGGAUACGGCAUCCUGCUGUUGCUGUUAUGCGCUGUGGGCCCAACGACAGCCUGGCACUCCGAGGAGCUGGAAAUCUUCGAUUUGGUGGAGGAGGUCAAUCGCAAUUUCUACGAGUUUAUGGGCAUCAAUCAGAAUGCCACGAAUAGUGAGAUAAAACGCGCCUUUCGCAGUCUCUCCAUAGUGCUGCAUCCCGACAAGAAUCCUGCCGAAGAUGCGAACAUACAGUUUCGCAAUCUCGUCUCCAUCUACGAGGUGCUGAAGGAUGGGUCCAAACGUGAGAAAUAUGAUAAAGUAUUGCGCGACGGUAUGCCCAACUGGAAGUCCGCUUUAUACUAUUAUCGUCGCAUGCGCAAGAUUGGUCUGUAUGAGGGCGCUUUCAUCUUGUUCCUCAUCAUCACGGUGGGGCAAUAUUUGUUCGCUUGGGCUGCGUAUCUAGAAAAGAAAUACACCGCGGAACAGGUGUUUGGCAGCAAACUGAAGAAGCUGCAGAAACGCAACAAGGCCAUCGAUAUGGAUGUAAUACUCAGUGAGAUACCUAUACCAUCGCUGCUCAACACGUUGCCCAUUCAAAUCCCUAUGGCGAUUUGGCAUUUGCCGAGUACGAUUAAGAAUGCCUUUAGCAAGGCCAACGAGCUGAAGGAAUUGGCGCUUGAGAAGCGGAGACAGGAACUGGAGGCAGCGCGUCGACAGGAAGAGCUAGAACGUGAGGCCGAGGAGCAAGUGCGUCUACGUAAGGAGCACAAGGAGAAUUUGCGUAAGCGUAAGCAGAACUCUAAAGCGCCCGAGAAGACGGCGGAAGAGUUGCGUGGCUACUCACAGAUUCAGGCACGCGAACUCACCGACGAGGAUGCCAUACGUCCCGCCUCCCAAAAGAGCACUGUCAGCGGCGGCUUUUGGACUGACGAAGAUCUCACAGAGCUCAUACGCCUGGUGAAAAAGUAUCCUGGUGGCGCCGGCAGUCGUUGGAACACCAUUGCCGAGGCCAUGAAUCGCAGUGUGCAAGAGGUCACGUUCAUGGCUGCUAAGAUGAAGGAGAAUGGCUAUCGCAUUCCUGGCCAAACCGACAGCGUUGCCGAGAACAUUGUGCAGGAUGCACAGCAAGCGGUGCGCAAGGAGAAGGUGAAAAGCACAAGCAGCAAUCCAACGUCAAGUGAGAAGAGCAUGUUGAUACCGGAGACUAACUGGACACAGGAGCAGCAGCGUGCACUGGAGGCGGCGAUUGUCAAGUAUCGCAAGAACGCAGGUGGCGAUCGUUGGCAAAAGAUUGCGAAUAGCGUGCCUGAGAAGAGCAAAGAGGAGUGCUUGGUGCGCUACAAAUACUUGUGCGAGCUGGUCAAGACGCAGAAGAAGGCAGAGGAGGAGGAGGAAGAGGCGGCCGCCGCAGAAGCGACUGUCGAGACAGUCGAGGAUGUAGUGGUGGAGGAAGAGGAGGAGACUCCUGCUCCAGCGCCAGCUAAGAAGCUGAGCAAACGCGAGCAACGGCGACGCAAACGUGACAUGUCCACCGAUGAGGACUCCGAUGAUGCAUAUCAGUAUGAGAUUAGUUAGUCCCUAUACUUCAAUCCACUAGAUGCCCACUUGACACAUACACUACACACACACACACACACACACACACACACACACACACACACACACACACACACACACACACACUUUUUGCCAAACCAACAAAAACGUAACUAGCAUCAUUUUUGUGUAAGAGCGAGAUGGCGUAUCAUUGACUGCGAGCGAGAUAGCAACAACAACAAAACGCUCGUUCGUGGGCUCGUUUUUCUCAUCAAAUUUUUGUACAAAUUUAGCACAAGUUGAGUUCAGUUCAGUAGUUUUUGUUUAUGAUUCUUUUGUUUCACUCAAGAUUUAGCAAUACAAUUUAAUACAUACAUUUUUGUGGCUCAAACAACUCCAAUGUAAUAACGACUUAGUUGCUCCGUCGAAAUGGCAAGCGCUUGUUUCACAUAUUUUGUACAUAAAUGUAUUUUUAAUUAUACUAUAUCAUAGUUCUCUUUGUUAAGUAAAGAUUAUAAUAAAAACAAAUCAACAUCAAGA